UCGCGUCGCGAUCAUUCAUUCUAGUUAGAGCCAGUAAGCUGAGCGCACGCUGUUAGUUGUAGAAUUCGCAUAAUAAAUAUUUAAAAAUGGAAUUCGUUGGCAAGAAAUACAAGAUGACCUCGUCGGAGAACUUCGACGAGUUCAUGAAAACUAUUGGCGUGGGUCUGAUCACGCGCAAGGCGGCGAACGCGGUCACUCCGACGGUGGAGCUGCGCCAGGACGGAGACACGUACAACCUCGUCACGUCCUCCACCUUCAAGACCACGGAGAUGAAGUUCAAGCCCGGGGAGGAGUUCGACGAGGAACGCGCUGAUGGAGCCAAGGUGAAGUCCAUCUGCACGUUCGAGGGCAACACGCUGAAGCAGGUGCAGAAGGCCGCCGACGGUAUGGAGGUCACCUACAUCAGAGAAUUCGGCCCUGAGGAGAUGAAAGCUGUCAUGACAGCGAAGGAUGUGACCUGCACCCGAGUGUACAAAGUACAAUAAACCUCUACUCUUAAGACUGCAGGGCGGAGCCCUACCCUAUAUUAUAUUUUAUAGCACAACUAUUUUCGUAUUAAUAAGUUGAAUUUAAAAGUAAGAUUUAAGUUUAUCUGAAAGAUGUUUGAGAGUUUGGUAUUGGUUCCUCUUAAAUUCCACUACAAAAAAUCUAAAACGUACGCAAUUUUAUAAGUUAUCCUGUGCAUAUUUAAUAAAUAGUUUUUGUAUUAUUUAA